AGGCUGCCGCCGCGUCCCCUCCCUUCUUUGGUGCUUGCCUUUCAGGUUAUGGAUGGGCAGGGAAUGGAGGUGUGGUGGCUCAUUGAGUUGAAUUCUGAGUCCGAUCAACACUACAUACGUGCGUGGUUUCUUUUAACCCUCUGUUUUUAUGGGUGUUGAUUGGAGUAAACGUCAAGUCGACAAGACUGUUCCAAAAAGACAAGAUCUUCAGGUGUCAAUUUGAAUACGAGUCUUUAUUAAAGCAGAGGCUAGUUUAGAUGUUGAAUAACGGACUUCAAAAUUCUAUCAAUUUUACUAGAGUCGAAAUUUCUUAUCGAACCUUAUUUGUAGGAGGCCCUGGGCCGUAGAUUCAGGAUUGUGUAGGAUGAGCCGAAUGUGAUAUUGCACUGACCAAAAACAAAUGGUUCGUGUACAUUAUAGUUCAUUUGCACAAAUUUGUAUAUAAAGGGAGUAUUGCAAACAGUGUGCCAGCAACCGUACGCUAUUCACGUGACUGUCAGCGCGUGACGCGCCUAUCUCGAUCAAUCAGGCCGGGGUUCAAUGCCUGGCCUAAGUUCGUCAUAAUUCGCUGCAUUAUCUUUGCCAAGUCAUGUGAACAUUUGCAAUCUGAACUGUGCCAUAAACGGCUCAUCCUUUUGUUGAAUGCGGUUUAUUUUGGGGAUUCCGUUUGGCUGUUAGAAUCAUUAGAAUCGUAUUGGUCACCACACCACAACAAGGGAAUCCUCAUUCGGAAGUAUUACUCAUCUAGCUCAGAGGACUAUCCCAAAAACAAAAAACCUCUGACUCAUCAAAGAAUCUGCGUAAUAAAAGUACAGUGUGGACUACUAUAUUUCUACCACGUGCCAAACCCAUAGUGCCGGGCGUUUCCUGACUUCCGCUCAUAUUCCUGGGGCUAAUAUAUAAAGGCCGACCGGGACUGAACCCCGGUAGAGUUGUUGUCUUUCUGCUGGUAGACCUUCACUGCAUGGUGAUUGAAUUGUUCCCGAUAUAAAGCAGCCGUAGUUGAGCAGUCAUUUUCUUUAAUCGAAAGUAAAGCACAUUUCAGUCUCCAUGGAUACGGGAACCAGUCUGGAGCCAAUCAUCAUGCCUGGUGUUGACGAAGCUUGGAAUCAAGCCAACUAUGAGAUAACAGCAAACACCAUCGCUGCAGCAGCAGCAGCUGCAGCAGUCACUACUACUACUACAUCAGCAACAAUGACAACUGAAGGGUUCGAACCACCGACCAGUCCAUCAUAUCUUACGGGACUUGAGACGGACGAAGAUUUACUAAACCACACCAUGCUGAGAGAGGAACUACGAGUUAACAUCAUGCAGAGACGGUUACAGAAAGGACUGGGUGCUGUGCAACUUGAGUGGAGAUUUGCAAAGAAAGAUAAGCUCACACCAGAAGAAGAAGGCAAGAGGAGACUUCGACGAGAGAGGAACCGUGUCGCUGCCUCAAGAUGCCGAGAGAGACGGCGAGAAAAGACAUACGUUCUGGUUACGGAAACCGAUGAACUGGAAGCUAACAACCAAGAACUAAUGGCAGAGAUUCAAGAACUUGAGACUGAGAGACAGGAAUUGAUGUCUAUCCUAGCGGUGCAUCAACAAACAUGUGGCUGUAGUCCACCUGUCGUUACUCCAAGCAUAGAGGAACUUCAUAUUGACCCGUGACUGGAACCAAUCAACUUAGAACUAUUAGCGGGGAACAUUACUCAGACAAUGGACUAGAGAGGUUCAUACAAAUAAACACGGAUCUGGGAGAGAUGCUGGAGAUUUGCUAUGAAAUUGCUCUGUAGAUUCCUUAAAUCGUAAAAGUAGAUAAACUUGUGCUAGCCAUCCACAAUUUAUCGCGAAUUGGAAACGGUCACAGCCUUAUCUGAACUCCGGAACCAGUGAAUUGGGCCCAAGAAAAAUCGGGGAACUGUUUUAGUGAAGUAAUCUUACUGCAGUUGCUUUAGUGAACCACUAGACUAGACCUGCUCGCUUCUAAUUGAUCCUCUAAAAACUGUCCCUACUAGUUUUGGGUCAUAUAACGGACACUGAUGUGGAGUGGGGGCGCUAUGCAGGAAGGCGAGUGGAUGGCAAUCGGUGAUACGUGUUUCCGUCGCAUGAGUGUAAAUCUCGGGGGUGGGAUAUAUACCCCCCCCCCCCUUUAGACCGGG